AUGCCAUUAGGAAAAUUCUUCAAGGCAACUAAUGUUGUUUGGUCACUCGUCAUAAUUGUACUUUUGAAUAAUCAAGCAUCGAACUCUGAACAUUCUGUCUCGACUUUCAUAAAGAAUGGUGUUAUUUGGAAUGAUACUGAUGGCCAAUCUAUUCAGGCACAUGCCACAGGUAUUCUUAUUGACCCUCACGAUAAUUCAUAUUGGUGGUAUGGUGAGUCUUUAAAAACCGCAAAUCUAUCUGAUCAUGGCAUCAAUUGCUACCAUUCCACUGAUCUUCUCACUUGGACAAACAUGGGUCAAGUACUUGGACAACAACAAGUUUCUAUUCAAGGUCAAUCAGGACCAUAUGUUAUUGAACGGCCAAAAGUUCUUUGGAAUUCUGUUACCGAGCGUUUCGUCAUGUGGUUUCACUUAGAUAGUAGUAGCUACAGUUAUAGAUACGUUGGUAUCGCCAUAUCACCUGUUCCCAAUGGUGUAUUCACAUUCAUCCAUGCAUUUCAACCGGAUGGUAUUCCAUCAUUAGACAUGAAUCUCUAUGAAGACAAGCGAAACGGUUCAGUUAGAGGUGCAUAUUUAGUUCGCUCAUGUAAUAAUCAAUAUGUUGGUAUAAGUCGACUCACUGAUGAUUAUCUCAACACCACUGGUCUAACAAGUACUAUCAAUGAACCACGAGAAGGACACGCGAUAUUUCAUCGCAACAAUAACUAUUAUAUGAUGACAAGCCAUCUUACUGGUUGGAUGCCAAACCCGGCUGAACUUUUCAUCAGUAAUGCAGAUAGUUUACAAGAUGCACAAUGGAUUUCAUUAGGCAAUCCAACUAAUUCCGUUACAACAUUCAACACUCAGUCAACUUUUGUUCUUCCAUUUCCAUCUACUAAACAACCAGGGACUCAAUUCUAUAUUUACAUGGGUGAUCGUUGGAAUUAUCCUGCUUUAUUGAGUGCAAGUUAUGUAUGGCUUCCGUACAAAUUCUAUUCAGACACGAAUGUCACCUUGGAAUGGCAGGAUCAAUGGAGUCUAUCAGACUACUAA